AUGAAAAACCCUCAAAAUUCUUCCAAAAAACCUUCAAAAAUCAAAAAUAUCAAAAAAUCGCCUUCACCUGACAUUUUGCAUGUCCCAAUCCCUAUAAAGCCAAGCACUUACUAUUCUUCUAAACAAGAUGAGCUAAAUAUGCAACAAAUCCUAGACUAUAACACUUACAAGCUACUAAGAGCUGAAUUUAAACUGAGCCACCAAGGAACAAUCCUGCUCCGCAGAUGCGCCACAAAUCCAAAUGUUCCAAAUGAGCUAAGACGCUUGCCACUUUUAGUUCUCUUGACCGAAACCGCUGAAGAAAUGAUGCUUAAUGACCUAGAAAUCGUCGUUUGAGAUAUAUACUUAAAAAGAUUCGUAUGGAUAGAAACAUUUAUACCAUUUAAAGCAAUGCUUUAUAUAACUGCUUUAGCAGUGAAAACUUAUAUGAAUCAAUCAGUUCAGCCGUUCAAAGCUUAUCUAUCAGCCAAAUUUUCCAACUUUUAUGGCGUUUAUAAUCUUUGAGUUGAAAAAACUGGAAACUUGUUAACUAUUUUUCCGCAAGAGCUGAAUAACGCGUUCAAGGCUUUGUAUAAGCCAGUGAAUUCCCAAAAUGAUGAAGAGUUGAUAGAUUACAAUUAUUAUGUUGACGAUAUUUUAGAGAUUGCACCUCCAGUUGUUCAUAAAGCCAACAAUAUCCCAGUCAAAGAAACUUUUAUCAUUACAGAACCCAUCAGAGAAAUCCCUAUUAUUAAUGAGCAAAUAGCUCAAAUAGAAGUUCAUAAAGACCAUAGCCAUCAUGAAAAAAUAAAAGAAGAAAUCAUUGAGCCAAGCCAAGAACCUUUUGGCAUUGUAUUAGGAAAAAAAGAUUCCAUAUUUUGUUAUCCGGAAACACCAACUUUAGCCACUUCAUGGAGUUAUAUGUCAAAUGGAAGCAAGAGUGGUCAAGAAACUUCAUGGUUCGAUAACUCAGAUUCUGAUGGAAAAAAUCAAGCAGCUGAAAAACAUGAAAUUAAUGAUGAAGAAAUACCUACUUUUCAUAGCCAGCAAUCUUUAUUUUCAGCCUUUUGGAAUAGCCAGAACAUUGGGAAAAACCAAGCUAUUGAAAAAAAUGAAAUCAAUGAUGAAGAACUCCCUGAAUUUACCAAUCAGCAAUCUUUAUUUUCAUCUUUUUGGAACGCCCAGCCAACUGAAUAA